AAAGAAAUCAAUCUCCAAGAUGUGUUGGAAGAAAAUGAUUACUAAGAAGGGAUAUUGAAUCAGUAAAUUAUUUAUCUUCAAGUUUAAAACUGGGAACCCCUUUUUUUACUAAACUAAUUGAUAAAAUCACUUCCGAUAAUGGGUCAAUGAUUUAUCAUUCUUCUGAGGCAGAAAACCCACUGACUCAAAGAGGACAACCAGCGUUUCCUGGUGCCAAGUGCCAAAAGUGGGUUUUAAACUUUGAGACAGUAGCACUAGUAAUGUUCUCUCUCCAUUUAUUGCUCAAGAAAGCAGAAGCAGCCUUAAAUUACAUAAAUUAGCAUCUGUUAAGGCCAGAACAUACUCACACACGAAAAAACUCCAGGCGUGGAUCGAACUCAUUUAGCAACUAUAAGAAUCGAUGCUAUCAAAAUACUUGAGUAAAAAAAAAGAAAAAAUAUUGUCUCGGACUUCUUGGAAACUUAUCGCGUGUUGCAUCGACUUCUAAUUUCUACGGAGCCCAGCCUUCCACCGGAAACGAGUUAUAUGUUAGGACUAACUCCAGCCAUUGACACGUCAAUCUUUAAAAAUAUACACUGUCAUGUUUGAUAUAAAUUAUACGCAGUUCAUUUUAUUAUCUGCAGGAUGUUUCAUCGAGUUGCAGAAUCAUUAUCAGUGACUGAUAAGAGUGAGAAACUCUGCGUGGACUUCGCUUCGAUUACAGUAAUCAGUUGUUUUAGGUACACAUAACAACCAUGAAUAUCGUCCUGUGCAUCAUACUACCGUUUGUGGCGGCUUUUCUGUCAACCCAUCAGGAAGAUAUCUCCGACUCUUCAAAUGUUCACCUCAUGCCCUUGGUGCUAGAGAAGGAACCAUCCAAGAAACCACCCGAAAUAAAGAAAACGAGAACCAACAAUGAUGAGGUUGAAGAUAAAACAAUCGAACAAAUAGCUCAUGGUCAGGCCAGCUGGAUAAAUAAUAUUAAGGAUGAGGUUUUGCGUGAAGAAGCUAUAUUCAACGCAUUGAAGGCAGAGAAGAUUGAAAUCAAACAAGCCCACAUGGAAAAUGGGAAACUUUCUGCAAGAGUUGAAAAAUUGAUGCUCGAUCAGUGGGUCGUAAAAUCCCGAAUUAUCAUAGAAUCGAAUGAGGUCCUACUUGGAGCAGAUGCUCCACCAAUAAACUUAAAUUUGACAAAAAGCGAAAGAAGAAAAAUAGGAUUCUUUGAAGAAUCCCGGCGGCGUCGUGAGGCAUUGUGGAACUGGAUCUUCGAGAACAACUCUGCGAAUCCACAAGUGGUAAAAAUUAAAAACAAAAUUGACAUGAGAAAGGAAGACUUUCAGUCGACACAGGAUUUCUCGUUUUAUAUUUCUAUCGCUUUCAAAGAAUUGUCUCUGCAGUUACAUCAUUUCUUAUUCGCUUCUUGGAACGAUCAGAAACCUAUAAAUCUAAUUGAAAAAGAUGUCUCUGCAAGUAGAGCAUUAGAAAUUCUUCUGUCUUUCACAUGUAACGAAACAGCAACUUUGGUAUAAUAUUUUAUGUGUGUAAUAUUAUUCCUCAUAUAUAUAUAUAUUGUCAUUAUUAUAUA